AUGGUUCCUUUUGAUCCAAAAAAGCAUGCAACACAUGGUUCCAUCAAACAAAAAUACAAACAAGCAAGGAUGCUGAGGGUAAUAAAGUUGAAUGAGAAAAGAGCGUUGAGAUUGUCCAGAAGUUCAAACCAACAUCAAAUAUAUGGCUAUAUAGAUACUAACAGCCCAGGUGCAUCAAUAUUUAAUGAUGAAAAUUUCAUCAAAAAAUUGAAACAGAAGGAGGCUCGCAUAUACCGAAAAUAUAUCUUGAGCCAAAAAAGAGGCCGGACUACAUAUAAGUUACCAGAGGGAGGUAGACAAGAGAAAUACAUUAUUGUGGCCCGCCUUCGAUUGAAUGUGAAAGUUGAGGAGCAAUUGUCUGCACCUCCAUUGCUAGAAUCUUUAAUGACCCCAAACAAUGGAACUCAAGCAUCGAACUUCAUGGACAAUAUCAGGGCUUUCAACUCAGCAUUAGCUUUCACCUCCAUGGGUGGUCGUAUUGAUACACAAAUAAAUGAAAUCGCAGCUCCUUAUGUAUUUAGGCUAAAUGGUCAAAAUCAUCACCUUAUUGGUUCACUAUUACCGGAAGAAGGAAAGAGACCAUGCUUUGCACAAUUGUAUAUUUAUGACACCGAAAAUGAAAUCAGAAAUCGAAUGACAGCAAUCACUAAUGGAGAACCUCGAAAAAGUCUUGAUGCGGGAUUGAUGGAAUCACUACUAGCGAUGGUAGAUGAGCAUAAUGUUCUAGCCAUAAGUUUCAGAAAAGCUAGAGACCGGUUCAAGAAAGAUCAACUGCAAAAUGUAUCUUUAUGUUUAUACAGUUCUAGAAAACGUACCGAAAGAGAGUAUAAUCCUCCGACGAGCUCAGAAGUUGCAGCUUUAAUUGUUGGAGAUUUCAACCCAGAAAAUCCUCAUAGAGAUAUUGUUGUCCACCAUCGGAGCAACGGUUUGAAAAGAAUUACAGAAAUGCAUCCAAAGUUCAUGUCAAUGCAAUAUCCGCUUUUGUUUCCUUACGGAGAGGAUGGCUACUCAGAUGAUAUAGAAUACACCAAAAAAAACGGCAUAAAAGACUUCAAGAGAAACUUUGUUACCAUGCGAGAAUACUAUGCUUGGAGAUUGCAGCAGCGAUUUACAGAGUCUAAAACAUUGUUGAACGGGGGACGUUUGUUUCUCCAAUAUGUGGUUGAUGCGUACACUUGCAUAGAAGAACAAAGAUUGAGAUUCAUCAGGUGUAACCAAGACAAACUUAGAUCAGAACUAUAUUCUGGAUUACAAGAUGCGGUUUCUCGUGGAGACACCAUAGCUUCAGAAAUCGGAAAGAGAACCAUACUACCUUCCUCACAUACUGGUAGUCCAAGGUACAAGGUGCAAAAUUACCAAGAUGCAAUGGCUAUUUGUCGGUGGGCUGGUUAUCCAGAUUUAUUCAUUACAUUUACCUGUAACCCGAAAUGGCAAGAAAUCAGAGAUAUGUUAGACAUCAUUGGCCAAUCAGAACCUUCAAAGAGACCGGAUGUGGUCGACCGUGUCUUUCAAAUCAAACUACAUGAGCUUUUACAAGACAUUAAGCAUCGCAAAUAUUUUGGACCCACAUUGGCAGUUCUUUACACAAUAGAGUUUCAAAAAAGAGGACUCCCGCAUGCACACAUAUUGGUCUUCCUCCACCCAGAAUACAAGAAACCGACAACAGAACGCAUAGAUGCAAUUAUUUCUGCAGAGAUACCAGAUAAGAGUUGUGACCCAUCUGGAUACUUGGCCGUGCAAAAUUACAUGAUACAUGGACCAUGUGGAAAUUUGAACAACGGCUCACCAUGCAUGCAGGACAAAAAAUGCACAAAACAUUUUCCAAAAAAGUAUUAUGAUGAAACUUCAAUAGACGUUGAUGGGUUCCCAAUAUACAGAAGGCGAAAAACAACACAUUAUGUUGUGAAGAAAGGCAUUCAACUUGACAACCAAUAUGUGGUGCCUUAUAACAGAGAUCUUUUGGUAAAAUACCAAUCCCAUUUGAAUGUCGAACUCUGCAACCACUCAAGAUCUAUUAAAUACCUCUUCAAGUAUGUUAAUAAACAGCCGGACAGAGCUACAGCUGUAUUACACGUAGAGGGUAGACAUAAGAAGACAGAUGAGCCGUCAUGUUCCACAAACAUUGAUGAGGUUAAACAAUACCUAGAUUGCAGGUAUAUUUCUGCUACUGAAGCAUGCUGGCGGAUUUUUCAGUUCGAUAUUAAUUACAGAGAACCAGGGGUUGAAAGGCUAAGCUUCCAUCUGCCAGAUCAACAAAAUGUUGUAUUCAAAGACGGUUCACUAUUAUCCAACGUGCUAAGCAAUGAAAACAUAGAGAGGACAAUUUUCACAGAAUGGAUGAAUACUAAUAAAAAUCAACAAGAUGCACGGACAUUAAGCUAUUUGGAGUUUCCAACAAAGUGGGUGUGGCACAAAGAAGAAAAAAAAUGGACAAGACGAAUAAAAGGCAAGUGCAUCGGUCGCAUAUACUAUGCACACCCUACAAGUGGAGAGAGGUAUUUUUUACGGAUGCUACUUAACAUUGUGAAAGGGCCUACAAGUUACGAAGAUAUAAGAACGGUAAACGGUAUUAUCUGCCCAACCUUUAAAGAUGCAUGUUACGCACUCGGAUUAAUAGGGGAUGAUAAUGAAUGGUCUGAAUGUUUAAAGGAAGUUUCGGAUUGGGCGAGUGGGGAACAGAUCCGUCAAUUAUUUGCAACCAUGUUGUUGUUUUGUGAAGUUUCAAGACCUGGCGAAUUGUGGUUGUCCAAUGAAGAAAUACUUUCAGAAGGCAUUCUUUAUAGAAGACGCAAGGAACUAAAUUUACCGGAUUUACAACUUAACAAGAUGCAGGUCCAAAGUUACGCUCUAACAGAAAUUGACCAAGUACUGCGAAAUCAUGGUAAGUCACUUGCUGAUUUUGAUAGUAUGCCUAUUCCAGAUAUGAAUUUGGUUUCCGGAAUCAAAAACAAGCUUAUUGGUGAAGAGUUAAAUUAUUGCUUAAAUGAAAUGGAAGAUCAAUUCAAAAAGCUACACAAAUGCUUGAACUCUGAACAAUUGAAAGCCUACAAUGCAAUCUUUGAUUCUAUAACGAACAAAAAGGGGAAAACUUUUUUCGUUAGCGGUUAUGGAGGCACUGGAAAGACAUUUCUAUGGAGAACAAUACUAUCAAAAAUAAGAAGUGAAGGUAGAAUUGGCUUAGCAGUGGCAUCAUCGGGAAUUGCAGCUUUAUUGUUACCUGGAGGAAGAACUGCACACUCACCCUUUCGCAUUCCAAUAGAUUCAUCUGAAGAUUCAACUUGCGACAUCAAACAAGGUUCACAGUUAGCAGAGUUAAUUUGCAAAGCAUCCGUAAUAAUUUGGGAUGAAGCACCAAUGGCAAGCAAAUUUUGUUUUGAAAGUUUGGAUAAAACUCUAAGAGAUAUUCUGCGGAAUACUUUUGAAAAUAGUUCAAGCAAGCCAUUUGGAGGCAUUACAACUGUUUUGGGAGGAGAUUUCAGGCAGAUUCUACCUGUUGUACCCAAAGGCCGUCGAGAAAAUAUAAUUAACGCCUCUAUAAAGCGUUCUUAUCUAUGGAGUCACAUUGAAGUUCUAACAUUGGAGACAAAUAUGAGGUUGUCAACAAGUGGUCAAAAUGAAACAGAUGAAGAAAUAUGUGACUUUGCUAAAUGGAUGAUUGAGAUUGGAGAUGGAAAGUCUGCUAAUGAUGCUGACAAUGAGUGGGUUAAAAUAACUUCUGACAUAAUGCUGCCACCUGGAGAGAAUUCUAUUAGAACAAUAGUCGAAAAUUUGUACCCUGAUUUGGAAACAAAAUACAACGACCCAACAUAUUUGAAAGAAAGAGCUAUCCUGGCUCCUACAAAUGAUGUGGUAUGUAGCCUAAAUGACUACAUAAUUGAAAAAGUAAGAGCAGAAGAAUUUUGCUACAGAAGUUCAGACAGCAUAUGUAACCAGACUUCGGAUAUAAGCAACCAAGAUGUUUUAUACCCGGUUGAAUUUCUCAACAGUUUGGAGAUCCCAGGGAUGCCUAAACACAAGUUGGUUUUGAAAGUGGGUUUACCGAUAAUGUUGUUACGCAACAUUAAUCAAACUGAAGGUUUGUGUAAUGGUACACGGCUUAUCAUUACCCAACUUGGAAAAUGGUUCAUUCAAGCUGAAAUAAUCGCAGGCACAAACGUGGGGGGAAAGUUGUUCAUUCCAAGAAUAAUACUGUCAUCAUCUGAUACAAAAUUGCCUUUCACGCUACGAAGGAGACAAUUCCCAGUGGCCGUAUGUUUUGCAAUGACAAUAAACAAGAGUCAGGGCCAGUCACUUAAAAAUGUUGGGAUUUAUCUUUCACGACAAGUUUUCUCUCACGGACAAUUAUACGUAGCUGUCUCAAGAGUCACCAGCAAGAAGGGCCUCAAGAUUUUACAAGACGACAAAGACUGUAAAGGUAAUGAUGUUGCUAAAAAUAUUGUAUACAAAGAGAUCUUUGACUAA